GACGGUGUGUGUUGCAGGCGGAUGGUUAGUCCGGCAGCCAUGCGAAGCCAGCGUGUGGUGGAGAGCGAGUGGAGGUGCUGGAACCCGGCCGUCUGGCUCCUGGUAACGCUGCUGGGAUCCCUGAUCUUGGUGGCCGUCAGUGUGCUGCUGCGACUCGGGGAUGUGAAAAUAAACAAGCGUGCUGUAUCCACCAAUGGCGUGCAAACCUCAGAGAAGACACCGUUUCAAGUGCAACUGGCGAAUGGACGCAACAGGUGCGAGGGCAGAGUGGAGGUGCUCUCCUUCGGGGAGUGGGGCACAGUGUGUGAUGACGACUGGGACAUGGUGGACGCUAACGUGGUGUGUAGGCAGCUGGACUGCGGGGUGGCCGUGGAGAUGGGCAGCAGCUCCAGAUUUGGACAAGGCUUGGGGCUCAUAGCGCUGGACAACGUGGACUGCAAAGGACAUGAAGCAGACCUCAGCCAAUGCGGAAGUCUGGGCUGGGGCAUUCACAACUGUUACCACUAUGAAGAUGUGGGCGUCACCUGCAGAGAACCAGCAAUGGUGGGGGCAAACGGCUUUGGGGGUCCUGCCACACCACCCUGGGACAACUUUGGUUCAGGAGAUGGCACUGUCCGAUUGGUGAAUGGAGACCACGAGUGUCAAGGACGUGUCGAGGUCUACUUCCAGGGAAACUGGGGGACAGUGUGUGAUGAUGAUUGGAACAUAAAUAAUGCCAUGGUGGUGUGUAGACAGUUGGGAUGUGGUGUGCAACUCUACGCUCACAGCAACUCCUACUUUGGUUACGGUACCGGCCUGAUUCUUCUGGACAAUGUCAACUGCUUUGGCUACGAGUCAGACCUGUCUAAAUGCAAAAGGCUGGGCUGGGGACAACACAACUGUGGCCAUCAUGAGGACGCUGGAGUCACCUGCACUGGAGUAACCUCUGAGGCUCCAGUGGUGACCCAAAACCCGAGAGGACACUGGAGAACGUUCAACACUGAAGCAACAGAAACUAUUCCAGCCACUGACAAACCAACCACGACAGCUGUUACCACAACUGCCCAGACAAAAGGCAAACCAGCCAUCCGUGUGUCGAGUGGAAACAGUAGCUGCCAGGGUCGUGUCGAGGUCAACUAUAAAGGUGUUUGGGGGACGGUGUGUGACGAUGACUGGGAUAUGCCUAAUGCCCAAGUGGUAUGUAGGCAGCUCGGGUGUGGCCCCGCCAUCGCCGCCAAGCCCAAGGCCUACUUUGGCUACGGCAAAGGUCCGAUCCUGCUGGACAACGUUGAAUGUUCUGGCGCUGAACCGGAUCUCACCCAGUGCUUCCACCUGGGCUGGGGUCAACACAACUGUGGUCAUCAUGAGGACGCUGGUGUUAUCUGUCUACCUUUUGACUUCUACAGCGGACUUCAACGUGACUUUGGAGCGACAGAACACACAGCCACCAUCACCACCACACAGCCCUCUGAAGGAAUGGUGAGACUGGUGGGUGGCCAGCACAGGUGUGAAGGUCGGGUGGAGAUGUACUUCAAUUCGACAUGGGGUACGGUGUGUGACGACGCUUGGGACCUCCCUGACGUUCAGGUCGUGUGUCGCCAGCUGGGCUGUGGAGAGGCUGCCGCAGCCCGGGGAGAGGCUUUCUUUGGGCCCGGGGCUGGAACAAUCCUGCUGGACAAUCUGAAGUGCACAGGUGAAGAGGCGUCUCUGCAGCAGUGCUCCCAUAUAUCCUGGGAAGUGCACAAUUGUGAUCACACUGAAGAUGCUGGCGCCACCUGCUCGAUGUCGUGA